AUGUCUACUUUUCCCAAUAGUGCAAGCGAUUUUCAAGAUCCAUCAUUCUGGAAGGAAUUUUACAAAGAUGCCGGAGACGCGUUUGAAUGGUACGGUGAUUUGAAGAAUUUUGGGUGUGUCUUGACCAAAUAUUUGAAAACAACUGAUAAAAUUCUACAAAUUGGAUGCGGCAGUUCAGAAUUAGCGGAUCAGCUUUACGAUGGUGGUUAUCAAGUAAUUGAUAGUAUCGACAUUGAUGAAGGAAUCAUCCGAAAACAAAUUGCCAAGAAUUGUUCAUCAAGACCGGAAUUACAGUUUAUAUGUUGUUCGGCAACAAAAAUUGAAGCGCCAGACGAAAAAUACAACGUUGUCUUAGACAAGGGGACGUUAGAUGCAUUAAUUCCAUCCGCAAAUGAGGACAUAGUGGAGAAAAUGGAAGACGUAGAAAAAAUGUAUGCUGAAGUAUGCCGGGUGCUUGCGGUCGGAGGUCGAUAUGUUGUGCUUACGCUUGCUCAAAAACACGUGCUCAAUUCAUAUAUGCCAUUUUUUCUGGAACGGAAGAACUUCAUUAUACGGGUUGAAAAGAAUACUGAUGCUAAUUGGGAGUUUCCUCUACCAAUAUUUUUGCUUAUCGCGACGAAACUUCGUGUUUCUCUUGCUUCACCAUACAUGGAGUUAAUACUUUCACUGGAAAAGAAAUCGGUUAAAUUUUCCUCUUUGGAUAACUUGAUUAGUGCGAUAAAUGCGGAGCAGGAAUUCUCGAGAUUUCGCCAUAUGUGUUCCAAAAAAUUGGAACAUGAAGUGAAUUUGGUACUGCAUGAUAGCGAUGAGAAACCACGAUAUCGGAUUGCAGUUCUUGACGAUCCGAAAGUCAGUGAAUUAUGUUCAUUCGCUGUCUUCAUCGUCCCGGUUGGCAGAGAUCGCGACUGGUUUUUCGCUACUGAAAGAGGCCGUUCAUCACUUCGCAAACAAUGUGAUAAAGAUCGGUUGGCAGUUGCUACACUUUAUCGUGAGCAAAAAUAUGAAAGUAUGGAGCAGGUUAAAGAUGAAUUGGGUCCAUAUGUAAUUCAGCUUACUCCAUCAUCCAUGCUUCAAGCACGUAAGUCGGUGGUAGAAUUUCUUUCUCUUGGAAAAAUUGACGUUAAGGAAACUCGUGCCACAGGAAAUUCCGAUGUCAACGGUCCAUGGGCAGUGGAAGAUGUCCGCAUACAAAGUUCCAUAUAUCGAAGACUUGUUUUUUUGUCUGCCCAAAAUCUAGUACAGUCUGAAGUUAAAUUGAUUCGGAACAGAAGAGGUGUCGAAAUUGUGGAUUUGCAUACAUUAACCUCGGAAUAUCAUGAGGCGAUGUUGGCAGCACUACCUUUUAUGUUACGUCCUGGUGAAAAAUUGAACCAUGCAACUAAAUUACGAUUACUUGUUCUUGGAUUAGGUGGUGGUGUUCUGCCUUCCUUUCUGCACAUCAAAUUUCCGUCAAUGUUUAUCGUAUCUGUGGAAUUAGAUCCGAAGGUGGCGGAAAUUGCAAAGUACUGGUUUUCUUUCAAUAGUGACUCGCGUUUGACCGUUGUGAUUAAAGAUGCUCUUACAUAUAUUGAAGAACUGGUGCAACAGAAUGAUGAGUCACGCUUGUUCGAUGUCAUAUUCAUUGAUGUGGCUGGAAGCAUUCACGAAGAUGGAUUGAGUUGUCCAUUACCGUCGUUUGUAACAGAGAAAGCUCUCAAUAAUAUGUAUGCUGCACUUUGUGCAAGAGGAGUAUUGGCUUUAAAUCUUGUAACUCGAAACGACAGUAUUGCUGAACAAAUUAAAGACCGUGUUUUGUCGAUUUUUUCCUAUUAUUGCAGUCAUUCCAGCCAGGAAGACAUAAAUCAGGUUUUGAUUUGUCCAAAAGUACGGAAGAGCUUAUACGAUGUUCGAAAAGCCUGUGAAAAUUACAAAAAAGAGAAAGGGACACUGGGAAAUUUAUUCUCAAAUGUUUCGACGCUGAAAUUUUAUGAGAAGCGAGCCGACUGA